AUGAAGCUCUUCUCCUGCCUACUGGUUGUUCUCCUCUUCCUCUUCCAGGCUGCUCCAGGUCUCGGCUUGCCCAAAGAUACCUUACGUUGUGUUCGCUACCACGGUUUCUGCUUCCAACCAAAAGCCUGCCCACCGCCAUUUGCUGCAUUCGGAACUUGCUCUGAACGUCAGAAAACCUGCUGCAUAGACGCUACAUCAAACCUCCAUACUUGUCAAGAAGAAGGGGGCCACUGCGUACCUCCGAAAAUCAAAUGUCUGCAAGGGCAGCUGGGACUUUGCCCUCGCAAAGGAUGGAAGUGCUGCAAAGAAGUGCAAUAA